GACCUGCAAACACCCACCUCCACAACGAUCGCCCUUUUCCACAGCGACGAGUAGACAUGAUGUCGAGCUAGACGACCCUUCCGACUCCCGCGGCAUGCAGUGGCCGCCAGCUUGAUAUGUUCCUCCACAGCCUCGUGCAGAAGGCCCAACAGCUCACGGGCAUCGAUCCCGCUACCCUGCCCGGUCCUCUCGCCAACUUGAGCCCGAACAGCACAGGCAAGCCGUCGAAGGCCCAGCUCUUUCGACUUCAGUUCCGACUGCCAGAGACCCAGAAUCCGCUGUAUGAGAUCACCGCCGAGCUCACGCUUCCGAACAAGAAGAAGGCGAGCUUGUCCAAGGCGCAGCCGGGCAAUUGGGACAAGAGCAAUUGGGAUCGCGAUCGAGGGACGCACUAUGUCGGACAGCUCCAUUUGAGCGAGCAAUUCCUCUGCUUCUCUACUGUCCAGACAUCGUUUGUCAGUACAGCAAGCACGAGCGCAAGCAGUGGCUUUACAGGCAGGACGCAUGGCACCGGACCGGCUGGAAACGGUUUCACGCUGCCAUUGUGCGCUGUGCGGAGAGUAGAGAGAUUACACACACAGGCUUUCCAAUUCGCGCUUUCAAUAACGACCUGGAAUGGCUUUGAACCUGGAGGCGAUGGCGAGCCUGGUGCACCAGCUCCUCCGAAACUAACUAUACAGCUCGAGGGCAGCAGGCAACAAUGUGAUCGCUUCUGCGAUGGCCUUAAGAGGGGCUUGCGGCAAGGUAUCAAAGAAGUCGAGAAGAUGCGGACGGUGGCGCAAGAGUGCUACUCUGAGUAUUUCCUGUACGAUGACUUCGAGGAUACGCCCUCCCCAACCAAGCCAGAUGGCACCCCGCGGACUCCGCCAGACACCGGUCUUGGAAGCAUUUUCAAGUAUCCUGGUAAUCCUCGAAAGUUGCGAGACCGCAGCAAAAUGAGGCUUUGGCAUGAGUAUCUCAAAGAAAAUGGCCGAAACACAACUUUGGUGCGGCAGCCCGACUUCCACAGAUUAAUUCGAGUAGGCCUGCCGAAUCUCCUACGAGGCGAGAUCUGGGAGCUCGCAUCCGGCUCAUUCUUCCACAGACUUCAGAAGCCGAAGCAGUACCAAGAAGUGCUGGCACAGCAUGAAGGUGAAGGCUCACUUGCUAUUGACGAAAUCGAAAAAGAUCUGAAUCGUAGUUUGCCGGAAUACGCGGGCUUUCAAAGCGAAGAAGGCAUCGGCAGAUUACGACGAGUAUUAACUGCAUACAGCUGGACGAACACAGACGUCGGCUACUGUCAGGCCAUGAACAUCGUCGUGGCAGCAUUGUUGAUCUAUCUCUCAGAAACUCAGGCGUUCUAUUUGCUCUCUGUGUUGUGCGACCGCUUACUACCAGGAUACUACUCGACGACCAUGUACGGCACGCUACUCGAUCAGCGCGUGUUUGAAAGCUUGGUCGAAAAGACGAUGCCGAUCAUCUGGGACCACCUCGUCAAGAACGAUGUCCAGCUUUCGGUUGUGUCCCUGCCAUGGUUCCUGUCGCUAUACAUCAACAGCAUGCCACUAAUAUUCGCAUUCCGAGUGCUCGAUGUCUUCUUCCUCGAGGGACCGAAAGUCCUGUUCCAGAUUGGCCUGGCCAUUCUGAGAAUCAAUGGAGAGGAGCUGCUGGACGCAACAGAUGACGGCACAUUCAUCUCUGUGCUCAAGUCCUACUUUGCACGCCUGGGUGAAUCUGCUCAUCCGACGUCAGAGAAUCCAAAGCAUCGCGCAAUUACGAACUUUCAGGCGCUCAUGGUUGUCGCAUUCAAGGAGUUCGAAGGCAUCACUCAGGCCACGAUCUCGGAGCAGCGCGCCAAGCAUAAAGAUGCAGUGAUGCAGAAUAUCGAGUCUUUUGCCAAACGCACAUCGAUUCGUAACCUGGGACCGGAAAGUAAGAAGCUAUCGGCGAAUGACCUCGGUUUCCUGUACGACCGAUUCUACAGCAUUCUGUAUGAGAGGCAACAACGCGCCCAAAUGAUACAAGCUGAACAAGAUCGCCGUGCUAGAAUGGCUCGCCAAAGAGCCAGCGAAGUGGUCACAGGAGUGCCUACACAGACGCCAGAGAUGGGCAGAGUAGCGCUUGGCGCAAAUACGAGCAGCAUGGACUAUGAUGCGUUCCGAGAAUUUCUGGCUGGCGUCUCUAAAUGGGCAAUCACCGACUCGCCCAGCUCGCCAGCCAAGGAGGCUUCUGGCCAGAAUGGGUACUUCGCCAAUUCGUUGAGAGGCAAAGCCAUCAAUCUGUCUCCCUGGGGCAACGGUCCGGAACCAGCAGAUCACGACUUUAUGCGGCGAUUAUUCGCAAAGUGGGACAUUGAUGGUCACGAGUCGCUCACAUUGCAGAAUGUCGUGGUCGGUCUGGCACCCAUCAAAGGUGGUAGGGACAUCAUGGCCAACAUUGCGUACUUCUUCGAGCUCUAUGAUGAUGACAAGGAUGGCAGAGUGGACAGAGAAGGCAUUUUGCGAAUGUCAGAAGCAUUACUAUUCUUGGCUCGAAGAGGUCUGGAGGGCGCGGAAUUGGUACAACAUCAUAUUACCACAGGUCUCGACGGCAUACCCCUGAGCAAGGACGAGCAGUUCUUAUCCGCUGUGUCGGCAUUCAUUCGGCGCUGCUUCGAAUAUGCAGAUCCCGAUCAUCCCUCACGACAAGGCGAGAAGGACACAAACGCUGCAGCAGAGGCUGUCGCUGACAUCAAGCUCGAUGAUGACGAAGACGAGGAAGAAGACCUGCUGGUAGACGAAAAGGAGCUCAAGCCUACUGACGAGAAUCCUUUGGCACAAGAGCCCGAGCCAGAAACGACAAAUGCUACGGAGAACUCAUUACUCGCACGCCCAUCAGACAAUACGUUUGGACAAGUCGCGAAACCAAAAGCCGUGGCUGCCAAUGCCGCGCUCGAUCCUACCAGUCCAGUACACAUCACUCUUCCGACAUUCCGCAUGCUCGUCCUCGCAGACGAAGCUCUCGAAUCCUUCUUCGACUCUGGCUUUGCCAACUCCUUCCAUCUUGCCGAUGCUCCUCUACCAUCUACUACUCUGACCUCGCCAUCUUUCCUCAGCGCCGCGCCUUCUCCUGACAGGCAACAAGUCAUUCCUGGCAUGCCUGCCAUCAGCCCUGGCGGACCUGGUGCAGGUGUUGUGCCUCCUGGGAAAGGACUGCGUGGCAUGCUUGAUAAUAUCGUGACAGAUGGAAUGCGGGUCGCGGCAGAGGUGCGAAGAAGAAUGGAUGAAGCCCAGAAGGAACUGGACCGUGGAGCCACGACGCGAGGAACGGAGGAGGACGAAGAUGACGAGGAGCCUGGCGAUCUAUUGGGUGGAGUGGAAGCUGAUGCGGGAGUUAACGCCGCGGCAGGUGGAGAAGUUGGGGCGAAGAAGGCAGUGGAAGGAAAGGGUAAGGCGGCAUCGAUUUUGGAUGAGAGUCCUGGUGCAGGGUCAGAGCCGAAGAGCCCGGGCAGUGCGUCACUUUCUGCUGCUACUGCUGCUGGCAGUGCUGAUUCUGUGAAGAGCAGUGGGGCGAGUGUUAAGAGUACGGAUACGGGUGUUGUGAAGGAUACGAUGUUUGAGCGAUAGGAGGAGCAGGAAAAGAAGAAUAGUGUGCUAUCCAAUGCAUUUCUUAAAGAGCAUUCAUUGCUGGGGCCUCAAGAGAAAUCCCUCUCAUGUUGCUGAACAGCGCUGAUUCAAUCAAUCAAUAUCACUUCCACCCAUCUCAAGUACUUCCUCACACAC